AUUCUAAUUAUUUUAGGAUUUUUUGUACAAUGGGUUGAAUGUAGCGUUGUGUUAUCGGUUGGCUAUGCCAUUAAUGUCAUUCGUGGAUUUCCGCCAUUUCAGUGGAUUGCUGCCAUUGGUGGUGUUCUGUAUGCCACUGGCAAUAUUUUUGUUGUACCAGUGGUGAAUGGUUUCGGUAUGGGAGUUGCAUUUCUUAUAUGGGGAUCGAUGCAGAUAACCGUUAGCUGGUCGGUGUCACGUUUUGGAUUGUUUGGAUUCUUAGCUCCGACAGAGGUAAAGAAUGACGUAAUGAACUAUGCAGGAGUGGUUUUCACACUAAUCAGUGGAGUUCUCUUUAUAUUCGUCAAACAUACGAAAGAGAAAUCGACGAAGAGCCUCAACGACGUGAGCUACACUGGAGAUUCACUCACGGAAAGCACAGCUGAUUCAAAUGGUUCUGAACCGGCAACAGAGGAAGGAGAGUUUCUUCAAAAACUGCCAUAUGUGUUCAUGACAAUGUUGCUUGCCACUCUUCACGGAUUGAUGAUGACACCAAUCGGAGUACUCAAGCAGAACAAUCCAUCGACGGACCACAAUCAAGUGUUCGAUUAUAUGUGGUCAUUCUAUUCCACCAUAUUCGUUGCAUCAACAAUUUACUUCGUCUUCUACUGUAUAAUUCGACGUGAGAAGGCCUAUGUGCACAGGGAGCUCGUUGUCCCUUCAGUUGGAUACGGUUUCAUGUGGACAUCUGGGAUGACAUUAUGGCUUGUAUCUGGGCAUAUGUUGUCACAAGUGGUCGCUUAUCCGGUCAUUACUCGACUUCCCGGUAUUGUCAGUGCGCUACUAGAUGUUUUUGUCUACAAGGCAAUUACGGUUAGUUUCCUAAGAUGCUGUACGUUAAGAAAGCGCAUUCUGCUCCUGCAUAAAACCUUCUUUCGCGAAGAAUGUUUCGCUCUGUUAAAUGCUCUCCCAGUUUGGUUACCAAGUAGAUUCGUGUGGGCGCCGACAAGUCAUCCAUUUGUGUCGGUAACAUACCACUUACCAAGUAAAAUCCACUAA